AUGGAGACUGCUGUCCGAUGGUCACCGAGUUCAACAUCUGACGACCAGAGGUUUCUUUACGUUGAUAUACCUGGGAAGUCCUUCAAUGUAUGCAAAGUUACCUCUCGCGACGAUGCUCUUGGGACGUUGAAGUACGAUGUCCUGUCCUCUCGCCAUUCGGUGCCGCCGUUUCGAGCAUUCGACUGGUCGUCAGCCGACGAGAACCUAGCUGUUGUCGGGCAGUCAUCGGGAGAGGCUGCAGUUCUUCGCUUAGAUGAUGACUCACAGAGUCCUAUUGUUUUCCCCAUACGGAACCAGAGGUCAUGCAAUGCUGUUGCAUUCAAUACGCAAGGAUUGCUGGCUGCUGGUCUCGACAAAGUUAGGAAUGAUUUCAGUCUGAACAUAUGGAAUGUGAAUCAGCGCCUUAGCUUGGGAAGUUCUGCGCGGCCAUUUGGAUCUAGCAGGUAUCCUACAGAACCGCUCCGCAAGCUUGCUAGCUCGGAACCAAUUACAAGCAUCAAGUUCUUCAAGGAUCAUCCAGAAACAUUGGUUGUUGGAGUCCGAGGGCAAUCUGUUAGGAUAUAUGACCUACGAGAGUCAUCUGGUAGUCCAUCGCUACAGUUCAUCACACGAUGUGUCCACAACAUAGCCAUAGAUUGGCUAGAUGAAAACUACAUCGCUGCUUGUUUUCCUUCAAAUGACGUUGCUAUUAGUAUAUGGGAUCGUCGCUCGGGAUUUCGCUAUCCCACAGCCGCAGGUGCCGCAUCUGCCAGUGCGGAUUCUGGCCCUCUUUCUACUGCAUUGGACUUAGUACCAGAUCUUGGACCCAACUCCACAAUCUCAAGCCUUCGAUUUUGUCGGUCAAAGCGGGGAUGCUUGGGGAUGCUUACCACAACUGGAACAUUUCGAUGCUAUGAUAUUGCCAAGGAAUACCUCUCUGAGGAACAUAAAUCAUCUUUAGAACUUGCGCUAGGGCAGGACUCUAGUAAACACUACCCUGAACAAAUUUACACUAAAAAGGUGCAAGACUUCCGGCCUUCUAUUCUCCCUUUCGGUAGCGCUGCAAAAAAUGAUUGGCAACGGGUUACGUCCUUCGACUUUUUAAAUAAAGGAGUGGUGUCCCAUCCAGUUGCAAUAACCCUCUUGGCUGAUAAAACUGUCAGUCUUUUCACUCCCCCACCUCCGCCAUCCUCUACGGAUCUAUCUUCAAAGUGUUCUUUGAGUUUGGGAGGUCUAGUCCGCAGUGAUUCGAGCCCCGUACUCUUGAGUCCAUCGUCCGACUUAGGGGUCACAGCAUCACAACUUAACUCCACGAUAGCCCCUCCUGGUAUGCUUUCAGAUAAUGAAGGGCUCAGUCACCAAUCCACCUCUGAUCACCCAAUUGGUGACGCAAGUGAAUUACAUCGUGAUAAGCGAGGCAGUCAUGUUUCAGCCAACGAUACACACUCAUUUGAGGAUGCACUAUCAUGGCUAACAAUACCCCGCUUGAGGUGUGCUGAAGGAUAUUUGCUAGAUAGCGAGAAAAAUAAAGCUAUAGUAUCUGAUAACCACUCCCUACAGGAGCUAUGGGAUUGGAUUGGGCGCGCACACUCACGGUCAAAAGAUGACUCGAUGAUAAUCCACGGCGUUGAUAUGAAUUAUGUUGGCGUGUAUAGCGUCUGGAAUGGGAAACUAGCAGGACGAAGCUUUGAAAGUAGACGUGAUAGCUCUGAACUGGGUGAAGAGCGAAGUAUCAGUCAGCUUUUUCAAGAACUGGUGCACAAGCUUAACUUCGCUCAGAGCAAAACUUGUGAAUCUGAGUUUCCCGAAAAAAGGCAGCUUUGUCUUCAUAUAUGCGGUGCACCAGAAUCGAAUGACGACCUCGUCAAUACAGUGAAUCAACUUGUUGCAGACAGGCAACACUCCAAAGCGGCGGCUUUGGCUAUUUUCCAGGACGAAGUGAAAUUAGCUUACAAGGCCCUAAGGGAGAAUAAACCGACCCAAGCGCACAAAUUAUUAGCAAUGGCUAUCAUAGGAGGGUCAAAAGGAGACGUAGGACCUGAUUGGGAGGAGACAUGUGCGGAGAUCGCAGCUGAGCUGACAGAUCCCUAUGCCAGGGCCAUCCUCGCCAUGGUUGGCAAUAGUGACUGGAUGUCUGUAUUGCAAGAAGCAACUCUUCCUCUCAAGUACCGCGUGGAAGUUGCAUUGCGCUGGCUGCCUGACGCCGAGCUUACGAGUUAUCUGAGAGAUGCAUCCGUACAGGCUAUACACCAGGGAGAUGUUGAGGGUGUUCUGCUUACAGGGCUUGAUCAUGCAGCGCUGGACUUGUUCCAAUCAUACAUUAACAAGUUCAAUGACAUACAGACACCCGUCCUGGCCAUGUGCCACACAAUUCCACGAUUUAUCAGAGAUGCCCCGAGCAAGGCCCGGUUCGAGGCAUGGCGCGAAACCUACCGACACCAGAUGAACUCAUGGAAAUUAUAUCUCAACAGAGUCAAGUUCGAUAUUGAGUCACGGAAACUUGCCAUAACAUGGGAAUCACGCAGGCUUGUGGAACCACCCCUCCAACAGAUUAGCCUCGUCUGCAACUACUGCACCCGCCCUCUCACGCAACAGGAUAAUUCGAAUCCGGAGGUUGUUGCUACUCCAACUGAAUAUCCUCACGCAACCCCAGGAAAUCCAUUAGGUCACGCAUCCAUGAAUGGCACCGCAUGCCCUAAAUGCAACCGGCACAUGCCUCGUUGUGGUAUAUGCUCUUUAUGGCUGGGGACCCCAGACCCGAUGUCUAAAGCAUCAAUCGCAGAAGACUCGAAGAAGGCCGCAUCAACCACCCAAAGUCACGAAGAUAUUAUGAGGCGGUUUGUAGCAUUUUGUGUCAACUGUAACCACGGAUUUCAUGCAGACCACGCGAGAGACUGGUUCCGUAAGCACAAGAUAUGCCCUGUUGCUGAGUGUGGCUGUAUCUGUGAUCGUUAA